CUCAAUGCGCGUGUAUCAUAUUUACAAAAUAUUAACCAAUCCAGAAAUUAACAUAUGAAACAUCAGUAUUACAUGCAGGAAUAAAAUACGAAUUUUAUUAGUAUUAUGUAGUGUAGCGAGUGUAUUGAAUGUUUUGAUAACCUUUAAUAUUUAAAUGAUUGCUUGAUUAAUGUAUGCAGCGUGAGAAAAUAUCCAUAUGAUAAAAAGGUAGAGAAUACAAUUUAGAAACAAAUAGUCCAGGUGAUGAAUAGAGGACGAUUACAGGAAUGGGUUACUCUGUGGUCAAAAGAUCCAUCAUCAAAGGGCGGAGGGACAAAAUUUGGAACUGGCGCUGCCGAUGGAGCAUUGUGACGAUAGCGGCCAUAGCGCUAAUAUUCUACAACGCCGUUGCCAACAUCUGGUUGUUGCACCCCACCGCUUGUCCCGUCAUCUCAACUGCCUCUCCCUCAGAUCCUCCAUCGUGCGAACCAUGCAUAGACACGGUACCGAAUAGCGCAAUCGACGACGAUCCGAUCGCGAAACUCGACUUGCGAUUAGGAAGGUGGGACGGAUCUCGAAGCUACAGACUCUUCGAUUACGCGGCUGUGGGAGAGCUAUACUCUGAAGUGUCGAGCAACAGUAAGGUGUGCCUCGCCACUCAGAGCUCCAUAGAACGGCUCCACGAGCUGCUAAGAAUAGCCGCGCACUGGACUGGACCUAUAUCAGUGGCUGUAUUUGUCGCUGGAGAUGAACUAAGACUUUUGAGAGCGUUCACGACAUGGCUAUUUCGAUGUCAACCAGAAAUAUAUUCAAGAGUUGCCUUACAUAUUGCGACACCAGCAGAAAGACCAGGAGUGCACGGUGUAGUACCGAGCUGGGCAAGGGAUUGCCGCUCGAAGCCGUUGCCUCCAGGAGAAAGAAGGGCAGAUACAGUAGCUUGGAGGGCACGACAUCCAUACCCUCAGAACCAUAUGAGGAAUCAAGCACGGAAGAACUGUCAUACUUCUUACGUUUUUCUUGUCGAUGUGGAUAUCGUGCCGUCUAAGGGGAUGGCAGCAUCGCUCGAUAAGUUCUUGACAACAGCACCUAAAUGCUCGCUCUGUGCCUAUGUUGUUCCGACAUAUGAACUAGACAAACGCGUGGCGACCUUCCCUAGCAGCAAGUCAGAACUUUUACGCCUCUCCAGAAAUAAAUUAGCCAUUCCGUUUCAUAGAAAAGUGUUUAUUUACAACCAGUACGCUUCUAAUUUUUCUAGAUGGGAGGCGAGUGGAGGCAACGAGACCAGCGAGACCCACAUCUCCCAUAACGUGACCAACUUCGAGCUGUUGUACGAGCCCUUCUACGUGGCUCCGGACACUGUACCUGCUCAUGAUGAACGGUUUCUGGGCUACGGCUUCACGAGGAAUACACAGGUAUACGAAAUGUUUUUAAUAGGUUAUCAGUUCAGGGUCCUGUCACCGAUCUUCACGAUCCACUGGGGUCUCCAGGCGAGGCGUAACCGUCCUCUCUGGCGCGAGAAGCAAAACGAGAAAAACCGAAAGCAUUUCGAGACUUUCAAACGCGAACUGUUCGCUAGAUAUAGGAGGGAUCCUCUACAUCUCCUGAAGAGACCACAGCAGAAGAAAACAUAGGCUUCGCAAGGCCGUGCGACUGCUGUUGCCGGCCUUAUAGUGACACUUGUGUUUUGGACAAUAUGAUCGUUGGUUGUAUUGGCACAAUUAGACCAAUGUUUGGACAAAUUUGGCUUUUGUAGUGUAGCCUGUAUAUUGUAUAUUUUGGUCAGUUAACCGUUAUUUUGGCCUAAGCUAGAUUAUUUUAAUGUGACUUAAUAUUUUCAAAAAAGAAGACCGUGGCUGAUGUACGUAAACCGUAAAUGUUAAUAUUUACUACCAGAAUUGACGUAGGCUGUGCUGUCUUUUUGGAAACAGAGCACCGUAAUGCUCAAAUAUAGUUUGGUGGUAGGGCGUGCAAGGGUUGGCACCUCCGCCAAUAUUGGAUUCUGUUUGGAUAUGAAUGUCCUUUUUCCAAUGUUAUUGGCACUUCCGAUAUGAUUUUUUCACACCUGAAUGUGGAGGCCUUUCGUAAUGGCUAGAUC